AAACACGGUCGUGCCGAAGAUGGCGGAGAGUUUGUAGAGGCGUAAAAGAAACUGGUGUAGUCAAUGAAAGCGUCGAAGCCGGAGAUGUUAAGACACUGAGGCCCUGAAUGGAGUUUGACUGGGGCUUGUACUGGCUAAGGUGCUGAUAUGCGUUGAAGAUGAGUGGCGUCGGAGACAACUCGUUAGAGCCGCUGUGCUCCGACCGCAAACGUAAACUGUCUACAUGUGACACACCAGGACUCGGGUGUGACAAGCGUCGGAGGGAACAGGAGAGCAAGUACAUCGAGGAGCUGGCUGAGCUCAUCUCCGCCAACCUUUCUAACAUUGACAGCUUCAACGUCAAGCCUGACAAAUGUGCUAUCCUCAAGGAGACCGUGAGGCAGAUCAGGCAAAUCAAAGAGCAAGGGAAGAGCUCUUGCAGCGACGACGAUGUGCAGAAGGCGGAUGUGUCUUCCACUGGUCAGGGGGUCAUUGACAAGGACCACCUGGGACCACUGCUCCUACAGGCUUUAGAUGGAUUUCUGUUCGUGGUUAACCGAGAGGGGAGCAUCGUGUUUGUGUCCGACAAUGUGACACAGUACCUGCAGUACAAGCAGGAGGAGCUGAUCAACACCAGCGUGUACAAAAUUAUCCACGAUGAAGACAGAGAAGAAUUUCACAAGAAUUUACCCAAGUCUAAUGCACCAAACGGUGCACCUUGGGGUGGAGAGACGCCCCGUCAGAAAAGCCACACCUUCAGUUGUCGCAUGCUGGUCAACCUUGUUCACGGUCAGAGUCAUGGGUUGUCGGAAGAAAGAGCUGGGGGCCAACGCUAUGAGACCAUGCAGUGUUUUGCCCUGACUCAGCCCCGGGCCAUGAUGGAGGAGGGCGAUGAUUUACAGUCAUGUAUGAUCUGUGUGGCACGACGUAUCAUCGCAGUGGAGCGGACGGAGAGGUUCAGCACUCGCCACGAACUGUCGGGUAAACUGAUAGAAAUUGAACAGCAGAGUUCUCUUCACACCACGAUGCGUCCAGGCUGGGAGGACUUGGUCAGACGAUGCAUGCAGAUGUUCCUCAAUAGAAGUGAUGGGCAACCAUGGUCCUGCAAACGCCACUAUCAAGAUGCUUUCCAUGCCGGCCAUGCAGAGACGCCACUCUAUCGCUUCUCGCUCUCUGAUGGCACGCCAGUCACGGCUCAGACGAGGAGUGACCUCUGUAGGAACUCCAACACAAAUGAGCCGCACUCUUUCCUCUCCACACACUUCCUGCAAAGGGAGAACAACGGUUACCGUGGGAACCAGGGUGUCGGUAUAAGGUCCCAAAACAUGAGUGUGAACAACCCCAAUCAGCAGAUGAACAUGGGCCCAGGAGGAAACAUGGGUAUGAACAGGGGCUACAGCGUGGCUGAACAGGGCAACAUGCCACAAAGAGCAGUGCCUCCAUAUGCAGGGGGUGGCCGCAUGAAUCCCAUGAACCAGAUGAAUCAUAUGAAUCCCAUCCAUCAGAUGAAUCAAAUGAAUCAAAUGCAUCAGAUGAACAACAUGGGUCAAAUGAAUCCCAUGCAUCCAAUGAACUCAGUGAACCAGAUGGGUCACCAUGGAAUCCAUCAGCACCAGCAUCAGCAGAUGGGUCAAUUCCACGGGGGUGGAGGUGGACCUGGCGGUGGGGGGUAUGGGAUGGGAAUGACCAGCCCUCCACAGGCAAGUCCAGGGAUUAACGGUCCACCCCACAAUGUCAUGGGUUCACCCAGAGUCAGAGGAAGCCCCAAAACAGGAGCCAGCCCCUUCUCCCCUGGAGCUAUGAACUCUCCCAUGAGCUCCACUCAUGAUAGUAACUAUGGAGGUGGAGGAGGCAGCAGCUUCUCCAGCAGCUCGUUGAAUGCCCUCCAAGCCAUCAGUGAGGGGGUGGGCAACCCACUGCCAUCACCACUCACAUCCCCUCCUCCUCACAAGCCUGACAGCUCCCCAAGCAUCAACUCCACCAAUCAGACAGCCGGGGGACCCUGUAAAACUGGUCUCCCACCUUACUCUGAAUCAAAAAGCCCAGGGAGCUCGUUAGGGACAAGUGGAGAGCAGCAGUCUCAGCAGCAUCCACACACCCCCACCAGCGAGGGUCCUCCUGACAAGCCUGACAGCCAGGCCUGCCUUGGAGCAGGAGAGUCCAAUCGACGGGUCCCAGACAAGUGCAACAAGAAGCUUCUUCAGCUCCUCACCUCCCCUACAGACGAGCUGGCGCAGCCUAAUCACACACCAAACUCUGGACCCAGCUCCACACCCGACACUAAGGAUGGAACAGCCAGCGUUACCAGUCCCUCCUCCUCGACAGGCGUGUCCUCCUCGACGGGUGGGAGUCACGGUUCUGUGUCGUCCUCGGGUGGCGCCGGGCAUGUGCCAAGUCUGUCGCUGCAGGAGAAGCACAAGAUUCUGCACAAGCUCCUGCAGAAUGGGAACACUCCCGAUGAUGUAGCUCGCAUCACCGCUGAGGCCACCGGUAAGACCAGCUUGGAGUCGGGGCCACAAGAACCGGGGCCUGCAGCCACUGGAGGCCUGAAGGGACCAGAAUCAAAGAAGGAGCAGCACAGUCCCAAGAAGGAGAAACCUCAUGCCCUCCUUCACUAUCUCCUCAAUAAAGAUGACUCUAAAGAAGUUGGUGAUAUGAAGUCAAAACUGGAGGAUUUAGAUGGAAGAGGAUCUCAGGGAGCAGGAGUCACCAGCUCUGAGUCCCACUGCAUGGAUGGCAAGGUGAAACUGGAGCCAUCUGAUGAGGCGGAGACUCUGGAGACUAUUUUGGGUGUUCCGAGGAACAACUCUGGUUUCUACCCUGAACCAGACUCCAGGGCCGGAAAGCAAGUGGGAAGCAAACCGGGAGCUAUUGCAGAUAGUUUACAUGAUGGCGAGAGGGGCCCUGCACUUCCAGGUCAGCGUGGAUCCUUUCAGAGAUCGUUGUCUGUGGAUCCUAAGCCAAGUGGAGAGACAGGGGUCGGAGGUGGACUGGCAACAAGGCGAAACGUUCCCUGUCCCACUCUGGUCAAACAGGAGAACGUGGACGUUCCCGUCAGACCUGGAGCUGUGCCCAAUGGCUUUUCCGGAGGCAUGGGUGUGUGUCCACCACGGGGCAAUCCAACAAGAGGAGUGGGCAGAGGAAUGGGUGUCAGUCAGCGCCCUCCCAUGGCUGGUCCAGGGGAAUGGGGAAUGCCAAGAUCUGGCAGCAGCCCUGUGGCUGGACCUGGACAUACAGGCAUGACUCGCGCUGGUCAAAUGGGAGUACCCAUGAUGAACCGCUCCAUCAGCGCACCUGAAAACACACGGUCGAUGCUGCAGCAGCAACUCUUGGAUAUCGGAAAUAAUGAAGCUAACAUGGGCAUGAGCCCAUUUGGUGGGCAUGGGCCCCCACCUCAGUCCCCGUCCUGGCCAGACUCUGCCAUGGGAAUGGACAGACCACACAGUAGCAUAAACAGAGACCAGUUUGUGCAUCAUCUGGAGGAGCUGCUGGGACCGUUGACCAGUAGCGAUGGUCCAAGUGAUGAAAGAGCCCUUUUGGAUCAGCUGGACACUCUGCUCAAUACUGCUGACGUCAUUGCCCUUCAGGAGAUAGACCGAGCCCUGGGCAUCCCUGAAAUAGUUGGCCAGGCUCAGGGACCUGAAGGCCAGCAAGCCCAAGAUCAAGGCCAGGGGCCACCAUCAGAGCAUUUCCCCGGUUUGGACUCCUCCAUAGGCAUGGACCAAAAACCCGUGUAUGGGCAGGGCUACCCAGGGCCCCCAGGCCCCCCUGCUAUGGGAAUGCAGUCCAGUUAUGCCAACAACACGAUGCAAGGUCAGUCUUCUGGAGGCUUCAACCACAUGAUGAAUCAGAUGGGACAGACGGGGGGCUUCCAUGGCAUGCCAGGCAUGGCAGGUAUGGGAAACCCUCGUGCAAACAUGAUGAGACCUCGCAUGAUGACAGCCACCAAACCUCUUCGACUGCAACUCCAGCAGAGACUGCAGGGGCAGCAGUUUAUGAACCAGACACGACAGGUCAUGAAAAUGGAAAAUACCCCUGGAGGAAACCCGGCCAUGCGUCCCGGCAUGCAGCCUGGCAUGCAGCCUGGCAUGCAGCCUGGCAUGCAGCCUGGCAUGCAGCCUGGCAUGCAGUCUGGUAUGCAGCCUGGCAUGCAGCCUGGUAUGCAGCCUGGCAUGCAGCCUUCAGGAAUAAGUGGUCAGUCUGGUUUCCUGAACGCUCAGAUGGUGGCUCAGCGCAGCAGAGAGGCGAUGACGAUGCAGAUGAGGAGGCAGAGGAUGAUGAUGCUGAUGCAGCAACAGCAGCAGCAGGGUCAGGCAGCAGCUGGAGCCUUCAGUCCUCCUCCGAAUGUCACAGCACCAGGAGGCAUGGACCCCCCCAUGGGAGCCCCCCCCAUGAGCCAGCCUGGACAGCAGGGUUUUAGUUAUGGUGGUAACUAUGGGAUGAACCAGCAGGGGGACUCGUCUUUCAUGGCUCCUGGUAGCAGCCCACCAGGAAACAUGAUACCAGGACGAAUGGGAGGUCCUCAACAGAACACCAUGAUGCCAGGGAUGCAGGGGAACCCGCAGGGAGGACACAUGUACCAGCCUGGAGACAUGAAAGGCUGGCCACAGGGCAGCAUGCCGCGUAACAACCCAUACCCCCAGCAGCAGUACCCCCAGCAGGGCAGCCAGGGCCAGUUUGGACCCAUGAUGAUGAGUAACACAAUGGGUGGACCUGGACCAGUCAGUGGAUCUGGCGUGGCACAGAUGCCCCAAAUGCCAGGACAGAUGCAGGGCCAAAUGGGCAUGAAUCCUAUUGGAAUGGGUCGAAUGCCAAUGGGACCUGAUCAGAAGUAUUGCUGAGGACCCGUGGCUGAUGAAGACUGGACUGGACCAGGAUAGGAGCCGGACAAAUACACUCAAGCAGAGUCAAAGAUAACCAGGAUACAAAUGUGACACAAGACUCAGCAUCGGUUGCAAAAGAAGAGACUAAUCUGUGCACGGCUUGGACCCCAGCUGCGUGUUUCUGUUCAGGUGACUAACCUGCAGCGGUCGGGCAGUAUUCAGCGUCACGGCCGGGAUACGGAACAGGACGACGGUACAACUGGCUGUGGCUGCACUUUACCAGGAAGCUCCUUUGUGUGGGAAAAAAGAUUAAUGCAAUAUUUCUUCAUCAUUACAGCCUUACUAGAGAUUCAAUGCCUUCACAACAAUGGGUUUAUUUUAUUUUUCCUUGUUCUUAUCCUUUGAGUGCGCCUCAUUCUUAGCUAUAAGCACAGAGUUUAUUAUGUUAUGCAGAUUGGAGCAAUAAUUCUUGCCUCUAUGCUUUAGACUGUAACUGAGCAUCAUAAUCCCUGUUAAUAGCAAACGGUACUGCAGUAUUAGAUGUCUCAAAUGUCCUCUGUGAAUAUGAAUUGUAAAUAUUCAACAAAGUAUAUCAAACAUGCUUUUUAAAGGCCCAUUCUUGCACAAAGUAUGAGACCUGGUUGUAUUUUUGUGUCCCAUAGGUCAAUACUGAUUUGAUUGAUUUAACUUUUUUUUCCUUUUGGAAAUAUUUUAGGCAUAUUUGGGUUUCUGUUCUCUGGUUUAUCUUUUUUUUGAUGAGUAUCUGACGUGUUGAAGGUUUCAGGUUUUUUAGGAAGCUGAUGGAAGUGGCGGGAUGACGGCACAUGACCUGAAUAGGAGGUAUUUUUGGGGCUUUUUUGUAGGGUUGUGUGAGGUGUGCCGUGUGGGUUUUGUCUGCAGUACAGUGAAGAUGAGAACACAGAUUCCUCCAUCUCCCACCAUGUUGUUUUGACUGUUAACUCGCUGAAUCUACCUUUUCGACAUGCGCAAUCCAAAGAUAUUUUUUCACGUCUGUGUAUAGUUUCUGAGGUUGCUGGUGUACAUUUUUUCCUUUUUCUUUUUUUCCCCCCUAUGAAAUGUGUUAUCGAUCUAUUCUGAUGGUAAAUGGGUACAUAUCAUGCAUCUGUAAACACAUAGGAUGGUUCUGGACAUGGGUUAGGGGUUGCUCCAUUGUGGGACGGGAAACCACAAAGUGUGAAAAAGGACCUGAAGCUCAAGCCCAGCCGAGUUUUACAGCCAGACAAAAAAUAAAUACAAUAAAUAAAAACAUAAGCAUGUUUUGCUGUGACAAAAAACAAGAAUGGAAUGACUUUAAAACAUAUCAGUAUCUUGUCUAUUUUUCAGGAAGCAACUUCUAUUUAUGUCCCAAUUUUAUUACUUCAGGAAAAAGGAACUUUGUGAGUUGAAUGAAGUGUAAAAAAGAGACAGAAGACCUUUUAGUUUUUCUGUGUGGAGGUCAGAUAAGCUGUCAUUUUACAGGAUGUAUAUUACAGAUUUUUUCUCUUGAUGUUGAUAUUUAUGUAAAUAUAAAUUUAUAUUUAAACAGUC